AAUCGCUGGAUCUAACCCUCCCUCCCUGCCCACACAAUACUACGAAAACAAUGCCGGCCGAGCAUGCCAACAAGAGAAAGAAAAGAAGCCACUUGGAAACUUCCGUCGUCGCCGGCCACGGCGGCGACGGAACCAGCAGCAGCGGAGAUGCAACAAUUGAUCCAUUCACGAAGCUGCCGGACGAACUAGCGGUGGAGAUUCUCUCCCGGCUGGGGACGAUGAACCAAGUGGCGAAAUGCAGCAGCCUCGUGUGCAGGCGGUGGCGGAACCUGUGGCGAUCGAUCGACGGCGGGGUUCUGGACUUCAGCAGCUACGACGACGACCACGAUCGGCGGCCCUUGAGGAAGGGAGCCUACACCGAACCGGAACAACAGCUCCGCUUCGCGAACCGGGUGGACCAAGCGCAUGGAGGUGGGUCGAAUUCGGAUUGGGCAAGAGGGUCAAACAGCUGAGCCUGUUGAACUUCUUCUCCUGGCAUCUCCGGAACUGGGUCUCGUUGCCUCAAUUGACCCCUGAGUUCCUCGGCAAGCAGGACCUCAGCCGCCUGCAGGUUCUGGAACUCGAGGGAGUGUCGAAGAUCCCGCGAGGAGCAUUGGAUCACAUCUUCUCCAAUUGCUCGUCCUUGCAGCGAUUGGUGCUCCGUGAUUGCAGAUUCUUGUGCCCCGAAGGGGAGCUGGUGAUCAGGGUUUGUUGCCCUGGGAACAACCUCCAGAGCUUGACCUUGGAGUAUGGAGAAACGCUGUACAAUGUGACCAAGAUCGAGCUCGUCUCUGCUCCGGGUCUCCAGUCGUUCCGGUUCGUUGGACGAAUCAACCCCAAAGUGGUCGAAUUCGUGGGCGAGCUUCCUCAACUUCGGGAGGCACGGUUUGGUGGGAGAGGGAUUUGUGGACCGCCACACUACCUCCCCUGGUCUCGAUCACAGUUCAGCAAGUUUGCACCUCAACUGGAGCGUCUCGAGAUUGAUCUCGGGAUCUGUCACUUCAUCCCACACCUUGCUCCUCCCCCAGAAUGGCUGAUGUUUGAGAACCUCACCGUGUUGGAUUUGUUCAUAUACUCUGAGCUCUUUAGCCCGAAGAGUUUCUUGGAUGCCACUGUCCUGCUGAGAGCUGCUCCGUUGCUCCACAGAUUGUCCAUAUGGUUCAUACGAGUAGCGAGACCACUAGGGCAGUGGAAGUGGCGAGACUUGGCUGCUGUAUCGACGUGGAAGCAUCACUCUCUCGAAGUGCUUCACCUGCACGGUGUGCAUCCAGGAGAGGACAGCCACGUUGUUGGUGGCAGUGCUCGCAAAAUCCAGCUCGAACUCGCUGCUUACAUUAUCAUGAACGCGCCUUCCUUGAACCGUGUACUCAUUGACACCCGCCCCCACCAGCAGAAAGAUGAAGGUGAAUCCAGGCUGCCACAUCAGGUCGAUGCUGAUGUCUCUGGAGCUAGGAUGGAGUUGGAAACCCAUCUACAAUCCCACUCUGCCAGCCCCCAUAUUCACUUCACUUAUCAAUGACAGAUAAAUUGUCAUCAUAUCGAUACGAGGUGAAGAAGAAUUAGAAGAAGGGUUAUGGUUUUUCGUCGUGUAAAUGAAAUCUUUACUGCCAUGUGAAUGAAUGUAUACCACGAAUCAAAUACAUUUAGAGAUUUUAGUCCAUUGUUAGAGGAUUCAAAGGGAGCAGAAAGGUUUUGCGUUUUGUUUGCAUACAGGCAGAGAGGAGUGCUGUUGUCGAGUGGACAGUAGUGCUCUUUCUGUGAUUGACUAUACCAUCUCAUACUUUUUUACCUUACAUUAAUGGAAACUGAUCCAUUGUUUUCUUUUACUUCCUUGUGAUCCUGUAACCACAUUCAUUCCUUACUCAUAGCUGCAGGGAGGGAUGUUGCAAGGAGGGUUCUCCAGGAGGUGAGAUUCUUUCCUUUUUUUCUCCUGAUUAAGGAGUUGAAUAACAAUUCAUUAUCCCGCGCCAUAGAUUAUGGCAUGAUUUGUGACCAUCAGUUCACGUCGUGAGUAUUCUGCCAGUUCCCAUCGCGAUCUCUGCUUCUUUCGGCAGGAGGUAACGCGUGUGCGAUCCAUGGAAAUUGCUGCAACCUAGACCCUGCUUUGCUUACAGCUGAGUACCUAGAGCAAUUGACUUGAUGCUGGCUGUGCAGUUCCACAAACAUUGUGUUCGACUCCCACGUGUGGCAACGAUUCGGCUGAGUUCUCUUCUCUUCCUGGGAUACUGCAAGACUCUACCGAGGAGGUUGUUUCCGACAUGCAAGUAGGACUCUGGAGCAGCACGUCGAACCCUGCAAGUCUCUACUGUAUGUUUACCCUUUCAUCGCCAUUCACUCCUGCCUCGAUUGUACCUUUGAUUCUCUUGA